AUGGCUCCUUUCUCCAACAGAUGUUUUGGGCCGACUUGGUUUAAAGUUGUUUUCCUUGGGAACACUCCAACCCUUCGAGCUCAACUAAAUGCUAUUUGGGCUGCUUUUCUGACCCCAACACUUCUCUCUCAUCGUAUUGUGUCGACAGAUCUUUCAGGGCCUGAUCAUACCAAUCAAAUCGAAGCUCCUGCUCCUAAGCCAAGUCGAAAGCGCCCUAGUACGUCAAACAACACCACCACCAAGAAAAACAAAACUGUUAGAAAGUUGGUAGUUCCUACUGAAUCAGACGAAACUACGUCUCCACCGAAUCAAGAAAGUGAGAUUUUUUCACGACCCCCGCUUCCGACUCCACCAAAGAGACAGAAAGUUGUAAAGAACAUUCCCAAAGUGAAUUCACCAACUGUCGACCACACUCAGGAGAAAGUUGUCGAGGUUGCUGAAAAAAUUGCUGAAGCUACUCCUGACUCCAACCUUUUUAGCCCUCAAAGGACUGACGCUUUUGGAAGCAACAAUGAUUCGGCUAACACUCCAGGUCGAAGUCGAACAGAUCUCCAAGACAAACCCAUCAUCAAUCAAACACCUGCUACAAAAAAUGUUGAAGCUGUUGAUGUCCCUCGACCAGAACACAAUGCAAAGCUGCGACCAAAUUCUUUUGAGAUUCCUGCUCAAUUGACCAAUCCUGAUGCUAAGAUUGAUGCUUCUCUUGUCGAAGCUAUAUGCCAGCUAAAAGCCCAUCUGAACGAACCUGAGUUUCUCGCUGUUCUUGAGAGUUCUGAACAUCUUGGUGGAGAAAUUCGUAAGAUCCUAGACUUACUAAUUAAAGCUUCUCUUCCAGCAGUUGUUGUUCAAUUCUUCUUUGAUUUUGAGGCGUACUUUGACCAGCUCUGGAGGGACCUUAUGAUGAAGAAGAACAUCACUCGUCAAGCAAAGAACAAAGAGCGUGAAAUGGAGAGGGAAUGGGAUGCCAGUGCAGCUUCAACCAAAAAGGUUGAAGAAUUUCAGGAGAAAACCUUAAAGUUUUCUGAUAAGAAGGGAGAGAUCGACAACAAGAUUGUUGACUGCAAGGCUCAAAUUGAUGAUCUUAACCAGAAGAUUCAAGAUCUUGAACAAGAGAAAAUCAAUUUGGCUAAAACUGAAGAAAUCCCUUCGCCUGAAAUUAUUAACCAAGAAGUCUUGAAAGGACUUGGUCAUGGUGAAAAUGCCCUCAAGUUGGAAAGCAGCAUUCGACAACUUAGACAAAAUUUGUCUCGACUUGAUUCUAAGAUUGACUUUGAGUCGGCCAAGUUAGCCUAUUUUAGGAACAACUUUCCAACUUUGUAA